UAAGCAGAGAAUUAGUAUAGCUUUGGCCGGGAAGCUAAAGCGUGUGCGGUUAGGCUUACCAUGAAGUGGAAGACAUUUUACUUGACGGUGGCAAUUCUAGCCUCUAUGUCUAUUUGCAAGGCAUUUGAAAGCUUCCGUUUGCCAAAUUCCACGAUUCCAACGCAUUACGAUCUUUUUAUUGAUACUGAAAUUCACAACGACAACUUGGACUACAAUGGAACAGUGAAGAUAAGCAUAAACGUUCUGGAAGAUACCAAGCAAAUUAUUUUGCAUAGUUCGCGAAGUACCUUGGUGGAGCUUGUGCUUAAGGAUGACAAUCAGCUACCCAUUACGGUGAUAAAUCAUGAGUUCGAAAUUGAAAAGGAAUUCCUCAUUGUGCAUGUUGCUAGUGCUCUCAAGAAUGGCAGUAGAGUAGUACUGGAAAUCGAUUUCUUGAACAGUAUAAACAGAACCGAUCAAGCUGGGUUCUAUCGAACGUCGUAUAACGACGACAACGGCACGCUCAAAUACGCCGGUCUCACGCAGUUUCAAGCCUGUGAAGCCAGAUCUUCUUUUCCGUGCUACGAUGAACCGGGCAUCAAAGCCACAUUUGAUGUACGAAUCACAUGCGGAGUAGACUACCACGCCCGAUCGAAUGCCGAGAUUGCCAGUGUUGCCAUACUACCAGCAGGCAAGAAGCUUGUUACUUUCCAGAGAACACCCCCGAUGCAAACCUACUUGCUCGCUUUUCUGGUGUCGGACUUUGCGGUGAAGCGGGACUUAGCCAACUCCACGAAGAAGAUUACCGUGCAAUCAAUGGUCCGUCCGACGCAUGCCGAUCAACUGCUGUUCUCUCUGGAUGCCUCCGUCAAGUUGAUAGAUGAGUUGCAAAAGUACUUUGAUCAUCCGUACGAGCUGAGUAAAAUCGACAGUGUCGGUAUCCGUAAUAAUGACUUCGCUGCAGGUGCUAUGGAAAAUUGGGGUCUUGUUACGUACCUGGAGGCGUAUUUUUUGAUCAGUGAUUCUUCCAAUGACAACAACAGGCGAUCGGUAACUACGGUUAUAGCGCACGAGUUUGCACACCAGUUCUUUGGGAAUUUAUUGGCACCGAAGUGGUGGUCUUAUCUCUGGCUUAAUGAAGGAUUCGCCACACUCUAUGAAUACUAUCUGAGUGAUCGAACGCAUCCGGAGCUGAAGAUUAAGCAACUCUUCUCCAGUGGAGCACUACAGUCAGCCCUCCAAGCGGACGGCAGUGCAACCGUCCGCUCGAUGACACAUUACGUGGAAACUGUUCCCGAAAUCGAUCGUCUUUUUGAUCGAAUCGCGUAUGACAAAUCUGGAAGCGUUCUCAGGAUGAUGCAAUACGCAUUAGGAGAGCAAACUUUCCUCAAGGGUCUUAGACAUUACAUAAAGCAGAAUCAAAAUUCGGUCGUUGAACCCCAAGACCUCUUCGACAGCCUUCAGAAAGCAGCCACCGAUGAUCAAGUACUUCCACCGGACUCUUCAAUGACCCACAUCUUGGCAUCAUGGUCAAAUCAGCCUGGCGUACCGGUGGUGAGCGUAAGGCGAACACCCGGAUCGGAUGACGUCAUUUUCGAUCAAAAGCGAUUCUUCACGUCAGCUCAACCUCCGGAAAAUAACCAAACGUGGUGGAUCCCAAUUUUCCUAUACACCAACAGCAGUGGCGGAUCCAACGAAAAAACUUCCUUAUUCUGGAUGCCCCAAGGAACAAAAGAAGUAACCCACAAUAUUCCAACCCAAGAAGAUGAUGUAUUCCUCAUAAAUCCUGCUCAAACCGGGUAUUACCGCGUAAACUACGACCAACAAACAUGGAAAACGAUUGCAGCGACUUUGAAAUCUAACCCAAACUUGAUAGAUGCAAUAUCUACGGGACAGUUAAUCGACGACUCUAUGAAUCUUGCUCAUGCUGGACUCCUAGACCACAGCACUGCUUUCCAGAUCCUUGACCAUCUGCGCAAUAAUACCCAGUACCUUCCGUGGAAGUCUGCCUAUCGAAACAUUCUACAGCUGGAGAAAAUGCUCACGAUUGAUCCCGAGGCCCUCGAUAUGUUACGUAAAUAUCUGCUCGAACUGACUUACGAACUGUACGAGACAUAUGGCUCUGAAAAACGCAAAGUCGAACACACCGAUUAUUACGACGCUCAGUUGAUUGCGAUUGAUCUCUCCUGUCGCAUAGGACAGCAAGAAUGUCUGGAUCAAGCCAUCUCCAAGUUGAACAUUUUACAGCAGAGAACGAUGCUGACGAUACGAUCCGAGGCUGAACAGCGGCUGUAUUGCCACGCACUGCGAAGUGCGAGACAAAAUGCGGUAGAUAGGUUUACGGAAGCACUUGAAACGGAGGAGAAUUCACAGGGAAGGAAGUACCUGAUAGAAUCGUUAGCUUGUGUUGGUACUCGAAAAGAGCUGGACCGGGUGAUGGCGAUCCUGGUGGGGGAAAUUGGAAUCAAAAGUGAGAUGGCACGAUUUUUGGAGAUAUCAGCAGAACAUGGCUCGGUUGGGUUUGAAGCAGUCGUUGAUUUUUUGACCCGCGAAAAAGACCAGGUGGAUGACAUCUUUGGCAGCAAACGCAGCAUGGAGAAGUUGUUGUACAAUCUUGCAAAUCGUGUCGUUGACCAACUGAAUGCCGGUCGGUUGCGCCAGAUGAUGAAAGUGCUGCAAAUUCCAGCCGACUUUGAGACCAUCAUCAACCACCAACUGAACGAGCAAAUCCUUUGGCAGGAGCGCAACUUGCCUUUGAUUCGACAAACGCUGCAACAGUACACAUACCAGUAAGUAGUGCAGUUGUAAUUAGUCUGAGAAUAAAGCUAAUGGAAAAUGCCGCGGUUAAUGUGGCGAAUAUCGA